GUGUCGCCCAUGGGGGCAUCACCUGGCUGAGUCUGGGGAAACUAAAAGAGCCUCCGUGGGCUGCCUGGUGUAGCCAGCACAUCACACCUGGAGCAGGGUGCUUGCUGGGAUGCUCAUGCUCAUGCCCCUCACGUGCCCCAGCUGCUGGGAUGUGACAGAGGCAGUGGCCCCGGUGAUGCAGUCCUGAGUCAUGCCCCAGGCUGCAGGUGAUGGCUGGGACACAGAGAUAGAAGUAGAGCGAGCCCAGCUCUGUGGGUCCCUGAAGGGUGUUUGUGGCACUGCACCCAGCCCUAAAAAGCCCUGACCCUGUCCUCAUCCCAUCCCCAUCCCAUCCCCAGGCUCAGCACCAGCGAUGGCAACGCUCUACCCCUCACUGGAGGACAUGAAGGUCCACCAGGUCCUGCAGGCACAGGCAGCUGCUGGGAUUGGCACCCCUGCCACCAUGGUGCUCACUGAGAAGCCAAAGCUCCUGGAGAAGCUGAAGGUCACCUCUAGCACCGUGCCCUCAGCACCACCCAUGCUGUACCCCAACCUGGCCGAGCUGGAGAAUUACAUGGGGCUGGUGCUCUCCAGCGAAGAGAUCCAGAAAAGCCUCUUCCCAGAUAACAGCACUGCGCUGACUCCCGUCGGGUCUCUGCCGGGACAGCUGGUUGCCCCACUGAGUGGGAACAAUACGGGGCUGCGGCGGGCGGAGAUCAAACCGGGUGUGCGAGAGAUCCACCUCUGCAAGGACGAGCGGGGCAAGACGGGGCUGCAGCUGAAAUACAUCGACGAGGGCAUCUUCGUGCAGCUGGUGAAGGCCAACUCUCCGGCGGCGCUGGUGGGGCUGCGCUUUGGUGACCAGAUCCUGCAGAUCGAUGGCAAGAAUUGUGCAGGCUGGAGCAGCAACAAGGCGCAGCGGGCACUGAAGAAGGCAUCCCCGGAGAAGAUUGUCAUGGUGGUGAGGGACAGACCGUUCCAGCGCACUGUCACCAUACACAAGGACAGCAACGGGCAGGUGGGUGUCAUGCUGAAGAAGGGGAAAAUCGUGUCGCUGGUCAAGGACAGCUCUGCUGCCCGCAAUGGGCUCCUGAUACACCACUACAUCUGUGAGGUCAAUGGUCAGAACGUCAUCGGCAUGAAGGACAAACAGCUGAUGGAGGUGCUGGCGGGCGCAGGGAAUAUCAUCACUCUGACCAUCAUCCCUGCUGUCAUCUAUGAGCACAUGGUGAAACGGCUGUCAUCGGGACAGAUGAAGUCAUCCAUGGACCACUCCAUCCCCGACCUCUGAUGCCAUCCCUGCUGCUCUAACACCUGGGGGUAGAUGCCAAUGUGGGCACCCCCAUGGCCAAGCCUGGAAGAGGGAAGGGAACUCAACGGAAAUGCUGGAGGUACCCCUUCAGCCCCCCCAAAAAGAACCCAGAGGAGCUACUGGCGCGACACCAUCCCAUGUCCCCCAGCUCUCAGCACACGGACCAGGGUUGGGGGAUGUGCUCCUGCCCCCAGUGCCUCUCCUUGUGCCCCCGUGCCCUCCAUAUCCACCCCCAGGGCAGACGCCAAAGGCCGUCUCCAGCCAAGCAGACACAGACCCAGCGACGUUUAUUACAUCCACCGCAGUACAGGACAGCGGAAACGAGAGAAGAGAGGGGGGAGAGGUUUACAGCUUUGUCAGUUUUUUUUUCUUUCUUUCUUUUUUUUCUUUUUUUUUUUUUCCACUUCUGUAUUUAAAAAAUAUAUUAUAUAGAUUUGUCUUUCAAAUAUAACGUUACAUUUA